AUUGCUAUUUAUUGUUUCCCCUCGAUACCAUCUUUCAUGGAUCAACCAUGCACAAGUUGUUUACCUACAUGAUUCUGUCAAGGAUAGCAAGAUUGAGGCUAUCGACAAACUAGUACUAGGACCUAAAACACCACCUAUCCCCAAUCAAGAGCUCCAAUGAGAACUGGCAUUUUUAUUAUUAAUCGAAGCUCCCUCUGGCCUGGAUAGCGUCAUAGGGUGGUGGUGCCCCCACCUUUUUUCCGGCUCUCCUCACGCGGCUCACUAAACCCAACAAGCUAUCUUGUCUCUCGGUCACUUUUACCCCUCCCCCUCUUUCCUGGAUGUUCUCGCUUCCCUCCUUUCGCUCACCUUUCCUCAGGGUCCUCGUUCCACGAUUCUCGAUCGUACCUGUCGAUCACUCGCAACCAUGGCGACGGAUACUUCCAAGUAUAAGCUCAUGCACACCAUGAUUCGGGUCAAGGACCCGAAGAAAUCCUUGGAAUUUUACAAGUUCCUGGGCCUCAACCAGGUUAAUCAGAUUGAUUUCCCCGACAACAAGUUCUCUCUUUACUUCCUUGCCUACGACGGACCCCAGUCUCUCCAGGGUGAUCGCCAUUUCACCGACCGCAACGGUGUCUUGGAACUCACCCAUAACCAUGGCACUGAGAAUGAUCCCAACUACAGUGUGGUCAACGGUAACACCGAGCCCCACCGCGGUUUUGGUCACAUUGCUAUCUCCGUGGAUAACAUUGAGGCCGCUUGCAAGAGACUCGAGGAUGCCGGUUAUCCCUUCCAGAAAAAGCUCACAGAGGGCCGUAUGCGGCAUAUCGCUUUCGUCAAGGAUCCCGAUGGAUACUGGGUCGAGAUUAUCCGCCGCCACAAUGAGGAUGUUGGUACCACGACUGAUCCGUCCAGCUACCGGUUGAACCACACCAUGCUUCGUGUCAAAUCUGCCGAAGCCAGUUUGAAGUAUUAUCAGGAGGUCUUUGGAAUGACUCUACUGCGCACCGUCGAGAACAAGGACGCCGGUUUCAACCUCUACUUUUUGGGAUACCCUGGCGCCAACCCUGCACUUCGGGAGGAUGCCUCCAACCCGGUCUCCGAGUGGGAGGGCCUGCUCGAGCUUACCUGGAACUAUGGCACCGAGAAGCAGGAGGGCAAGGUGUAUCACGAUGGUAACACGGAGCCACAAGGAUUUGGGCACAUCUGUGUCUCGGUCGAUGACCUCCACGCGGCCUGUGAUCGAUUCGAGUCUCUGAACGUCAACUGGAAGAAGCGUCUCACUGAUGGACGGAUGAAGUACGUGGCGUUUAUCCUGGAUCCCGAUGGGUACUGGAUUGAGGUUGUCCAGAACGAGGCCCUCAAGCGCACCGGCAACCUGUGAUCAAGGG